UGGCGCUCCUUCUGAGGAGCCAGACGCGGCACGGUCGUUUUUAUACCUUCCCGCGCGGAGGCAACGGAAGGGCGGGGCGCCUCGUGAUUAGGUGGUGAAGGUGCGAGGGCGAGGAGGGGGCGGGGCCUGCUUGCACCUCCCCCGGAGGCCGGAAGACCCUCAGCGUCGCCUGGGUGCCACGCAGUGAGCGCUCCCCUUCUCCGGAGUCCCCUCAGGUCACAGACUCUGCUGUCAUGAAGGUGAAAAUUAAGUGUUGGAAUGGUGUGGCCACUUGGCUCUGGGUAGCCAAUGAUGAGAACUGCGGCAUCUGCAGGAUGGCGUUCAAUGGCUGCUGUCCAGACUGUAAGGUGCCUGGUGACGACUGUCCCCUGGUGUGGGGGCAGUGCUCUCACUGCUUCCAUAUGCACUGCAUCCUCAAGUGGCUGAACGCACAGCAGGUGCAGCAGCACUGCCCCAUGUGUCGACAGGAGUGGAAGUUCAAAGAGUGAAGCCUGCCCUGCCCACUCCCUUCUCCCAGCGCUGUGCCAGGCUCAGCCCCACCCUUCCCUUCCCCAGAUAGGGCAUCCCGAGUCCCCUCCACACAGCUCAGGGGUGCCUAGGGACCCCAUUCUGUGCUGGGGACAAGGAUGCUUUCUGUUUGGCUGAGACGAGGUGGAAACAAGGACUGGAGCUUUGCUGGGUGUUUUGUUUUUCCCAUCACAUUGACACUUUUAUUAAAUAAGUAAAACUCAUUAAAGUUCUGAACCGCUGGAGGCCUCUGCUUGCCUGUUUUCCCUGACAUAUUGAUGCAGCUGCAGCAUGUUUUGCUGUGAACACACUCAUAAAUAAACAGUUUGGUAAAGUAUC